AUGGUGAAACUGAGGCUGAAAGAGGUUAGGGAGUUGCUCAAGUUCACACGGCAAGCCAAGUGGAAGCGCCUGACCUCGGAGGGCAGUGCCCAUCUGGACAUGUUUGAGCACAUCAGCCUCAUGACCCUCGACAGUCUGCAGAAAUGUGUCUUCAGUUUUGACAGCAACUGCCAGGAGAAGCCUAUUGAAUACAUUUCUGCCGUCUUGGAGCUCAGUGCCCUUGUGACAAAGCGGCACCAGCAAAUCAUCCUGCACAUGGACUUCCUGUACCACCUCACCACUGACGGACGGCGCUUCCGUAGGAUCUGCCACCUGGUGCACGACUUCACAGAUGCCAUCAUCCAGGAGCGGCGCCGCACCCUUCCCGAUCAGGGUCUUGAUGACCUCCUCAAGGCCAAAGCUAAGGUCAAGACUUUGGACUUCAUCGAUGUGCUCCUGUUGGCCAAGGAUGAAGAUGGGAAGGAACUGUCAGAUGAGGACAUCCUAGCUGAAGCUGACACCUUUAUGUUUGGGG